AUUCAAUUAGUAGGUAAUGUAAUUGCUUUCUUUUUAACAGGAUAAUUUUUUUUAAAGGCAAACCACCCCAAAUUGGAACCUCUAAUGUUUGUUUUUUAUUUUUAGUUUUCUAAGCAGUUAGGUAAUUGAUUAAACUACCAGCUACUGUUAGUGCAAUUACCUGAAUUGGCUCUUGAUUAAUACUGGCAGUCUAGGAAAGGAGCUGUUGUGGAUAAACCAGCUGAAGAUUAUCAACAGGAUAGGUGUUAAGUUUUGCAAAGAAGUUGUUCACAGUGUGUUACUGACAUAAAUGCUGUCACAUUUUGCACGGAUAGAGGUGAUCAUAUACCUGAUAUAUGUAUACAUUUAUAUAUGUUCUGAAUAAAGAACCUAUACCUGAUAAAAUGAGUGAAGGAGGUCAGUGGAUGAGGUAGGAUUAGAUAUGAGAAAAUCCCUACUUUAAUCCUUAAUAACAUAACAAGAAAGGUUCUGUCUAGCGAUGGAUGGUAUUUUUUAUAGAACAGAGCAUCUGUGCACUUGGAUAUAUAAAUAAAUAAUAUUUAUCUGUAAAUUGCCCUGACCUUCCACAUUUAGAGAACAAGGCUGGUGUUUAUCACUCAUGUUUGCUGAAGUUAAUUUGUUCGUACUAAGCUCAGGCAUUGUAUGCUGGUACGUGGAUUUUAUUUUAAUUUUUCUCCUAAGUGGUAUUUGGGGAUGUUUUGUAUCAAGCAAUAUUAAUGGAGAUAAGGUUUCUGUCCCUGUAUUCCCAUAACUGGAAGUGUUUGGAUAUAAGAGAGAAUCAGAACAUAUCCUCAGUGUGUGCUUUUGUGGGGCUCUUGUGCUGGGUUGCUCAGCGUGAGGCGGUAAGUGUUAAUUCCAGUCACCAGUAGCAGCAAGACUUGGUGUCUAGCAAUGCCCAGAAAUAUCUUUCCCACUAUUUUUCUUUGUAUGUAUGUAUGUAAUAUGAUUUUUUUGCUCCACCACACAGUUCAGUGACAUUAGCCUGAGGCUUCCCUGCCCUGAUGAUUUAUCCAUGCUGGUCAGGCCCAGUGGAAUAGUCAGUGCACAGAUCUGCACAGCUUCGUCCUUGCUGGCAAAAUUAGGAGGAUUUAGAAAGUGCCUGCUACUUUUUUUACCUCUCCUUAUCUAUUUUUCAGUUUGUCAAUGACAAGCCAAAUGCUAGCAUUUAUAGGGAUAAAUUAUGACUAAAAUAAUUUGCAUUUAAAAUGCAAUUGAAUGAAAGCAUCACAAGGAGCCUUCUGCUUCCUUCCUGGGGCACAGAUGGGUACUGGCAUUGGAUCAGCCCAGCAAGGUACUGGAUAUAAAAUAAAGUUAAUUGGAGUAGCUGAGAAAUGAAAUGAGUUCAGCCUCAUGCUAAUUCCUGGCCUGUGAUUUAAUACGACAUUAGAGACGAAGGAUUGGGAAGGUGCUGAACCACGACUCAAACAAUCAACAGAGCUGUAAAUUACCCUUCUGGGAUCGCAACAGCAGAUUGAGAGGCCCCGGUAAAAUUGCAAGAGCCAUGUUGCUGAAGAUCACCUUGUCUUCUGGAAGCAGAAACACAAUGAACAGAUGAAUCCCUUCAGCCAGAUAUUACUCCAGUAGGUCUCCUCCUCCUCAUGGAGCACACAGGCAGGGAGGAGAUGGACUUGAAAGAGGAAAGUCCUCAGGUGUGGACUGAAUCUGCAGGACAGGAACAGAAUACUGCUCAGGUGAUUAGCCAGAGCUCCGCCUCUGCUUGGGCUGGAUUGCGAUUGGUGCACUUUGUCCCCGAGGGGGGGGCAGUGGCCCAGAUCAUGUACAGUGAUGAGCAGGAGCGCGGCCCUGCACAGCAGGUGGUUUACACGGCUGACGGCACCUCCUACACCUCUGUGGACACCUCGGAGCACACCCUCGUUUACAUCCACCCCGUGGAAGCUACGCAGACUCUGUUUACAGAUCCGUCCCAAGUGGCUUAUGUCCAACAGGAUGCUACCACCCAGCAGGUAACGGUGCUCUUGCCUGCUGCUGCUCAGAGCAUGAAUCCCACCAACCUGUCUGUGCUCGGCAGCAUUGCUGACCCCCCCCAGCCAGUGGCUCUGGAGCAGGGGCCACAAGCAGAUAGAGCAUCGUUACCGGUGCAUAACCAGGUGAUACCUCCUAUGGAGGCUGUGGAUGGUUCUGAUCCUUUGGCACCUCUACAGAAUCAAAUGGAAAGGAUAGAAACAAAAGAGGAAGAUGAUGACGAUGAAGAUGAGGAUGAAGAUGGUGAAGACACUGACAUGGAUGAGUGGGAUCCAGAUCCACCUCGACCCUUUGAUCCCAAUGAUUUGUGGUGUGAAGAGUGUAAUAACGCACAUCCCUCAGUGUGUCCAAAACAUGGACCUUUGCAUCCCAUCCCAAACCGGCCUGUGCUGACCAGGGCAAGGGCCAGCCUUCCCCUGGUGCUCUAUAUAGACAGGUUUUUGGGAGGUGUGUUCUCCAAGAGGCGCAUCCCAAAGCGUACACAGUUUGGGCCUGUGGAAGGACCCCUGGUCAGACAGACUGAGCUCAAAGACUGCUAUAUCCAUUUGAAGGUUUCUCUUGAUAAGGGUGACAGAAAAGACCGAGACUUGCAAGAGGACUUGUGGUUUGAACUUUCCAGUGAGGCUCUGUGUAACUGGAUGAUGUUUGUGCGUCCUGCUCAAAAUCACCUGGAGCAGAACCUGGUGGCCUAUCAGUACGGCCAUCACAUUUAUUACACCACCAUUAAAAAUGUGGAGCCCAAGCAGGAACUCAAGGUGUGGUAUGCUGCCUCCUACGCUGAGUUUGUGAACCAGAAGAUCCAUGACAUAACUGAGGAGGAAAGGAAGGUGCUCAGGGAGCAGGAAAAGAACUGGCCAUGUUACGAGUGCAAUCGGCGUUUCAUGAGCUCGGAGCAGCUCCAGCAGCACCUCAACUCCCAUGAUGAGAAGCUGGACUUCUUCAGCAGAACCAGAGGCCGAGGUCGUGGGCGAGGAAAGAGAAGAUUUGGACCAGGCAGACGCCCUGGGCGCCCUCCCAAAUUCAUGCGCAUGGAAGUAACCAGUGAAAAUGGUGAAAAGUGUGAAGAAGGAACACAGGACUUGCUGCAUUUUUCCAGCAAGGGGCAGUUUGAUGAGGCCGGACAAGCCCCACUGAAUGGGCUGGAGCAGCAGGAACAGACUCCAGUGCCAACAGAGCCACAGGCAGCACUGGAGCAACAGGAAAACCAUGUGCUACAUGUACAGCCACAGCACGAGGGGAACACGGUGCCCACACAGAGCACUGUGACAGCAGAUGACAUGAGGCGAGCAAAGCGCAUCAGGAAUGCAGCUCUGCAGCACCUGUUCAUCCGGAAAUCCUUCCGCCCAUUCAAAUGCCUGCAGUGUGGGAAGGCCUUCCGGGAGAAGGAUAAGCUGGACCAGCACCUGCGGUUCCAUGGGCGGGAAGGGAACUGCCCUUUGACCUGUGACAUCUGCAACAAGGGCUUCAUCAACAGUGGUGCCCUCGAGGGCCACAUGAAGUUUCACAUGGACCAGAAAACAUACUCCUGCAUUUUCUGCCCUGAGUCCUUUGACCGCUUGGAUCUGCUUAAGGAUCACGUGGCCAUCCAUGUCAAUGAUGGCUAUUUCACCUGCCCCACCUGCAAGAAGCGCUUCCCAGAUUUUAUCCAGGUCAAGAAACAUGUGCGCAGUUUCCAUUCUGAGAAGAUUUACCAGUGUACAGAGUGUGACAAGGCUUUUUGCCGCCCCGACAAGCUGCGACUCCACAUGCUGCGGCACUCAGACCGCAAAGACUUCCUGUGCUCCACCUGUGGCAAGCAGUUCAAGAGGAAGGACAAGCUGCGAGAGCACAUGCAGAGAAUGCACAACCCAGAGAGGGAGGCCAAGAAGGCUGAUCGGAUCAGCCGCUCCAAAACCUUCAAGCCCCGGAUUGCGUCCACUGACUAUGAGAGCUUCAUGUUCAAGUGCCGCCUCUGCAUGAUGGGCUUCCGCCGCAGGGGCAUGUUGGUGAAUCAUUUAUCAAAGAGACAUCCAGACAUGAAAAUAGAAGAGGUGCCAGAGCUCACGUUGCCCAUCAUAAAACCCAACAGAGAUUACUUCUGUCAAUACUGCGAUAAGGUGUACAAGAGUGCCAGCAAACGCAAAGCACACAUACUGAAAAACCAUCCUGGUGCUGAGCUACCUCCAAGCAUCCGGAAACUGCGUCCUGCAGGACCGGGAGAGCCAGAUCCUAUGCUAAGCACCCACACACAGCUGACAGGCACCAUCGCCACCCCUCCAGUGUGCUGCCCUCACUGUUCCAAGCAAUACAGCAGUAAGACAAAGAUGGUGCAGCACAUCCGCAAGAAGCACCCAGAGUUUGCUCAGCUCCCAAACACGAUCCAUGCGCCACUGGCAACGGCUGUCAUCAGUUCCACGCCAGCUGUUCUCACCACUGACAGCACAACUGGAGAAACUGUUGUGACAACAGAUUUACUGACGCAAGCAAUGACAGAGAUAUCCCAGACCCUGACUACAGAUUACCGGACUCCCCAGGGAGAUUACCAGCGCAUCCAGUACAUCCCUGUGUCUCAAUCCACAACUGGCUUGCAGCAGCCUCAGCACAUACAGCUGCAAGUUGUUCAAGUGGCCCAGGCUACCUCACCUCACCAGUCCCAGCACUCCACAGUGGAUGUUGGGCAGCUCCAUGACCCCCAGACAUACACCCAACAUGCCAUCCAGGUGCAGCACAUCCAGGUGACAGAGCCAUCACCAGCAACUCAGUCAUCAUCACAGGCUGGGGGUCAGCCUUUGAGUCCCUCCUCGCAACAACCUCAGCAGGAGCUCAGCCCCUCACAGAUGCAGACAACUACAUCGACACCAAACCAAGCCCUCCAGCAGCAGCAAGGCUCCUCAGUCCAGCACACAUAUCUCCCCAGCAACUGGAACUCAUUUCGGAGCUACUCAUCAGAGAUUCAGAUGAUGACCAUCCCCCAAGGGCAGUACGUGAUCACAGAGACUGCUGUGGGUACCCCGGUCACUACUGUCAACACAGGGCAAGUAAAAGCAGUAACUCAGACUCACUACGUGAUAUCUGAAGGUCAGCCUGAUCUGGAUGGUAAACAAAACUCUUCACUCUCCAAUGAGGUUUCCCAGCCCACAGCCCACACAGAUCCCUUGGAAUCCCAGACAAGCAACCAGCAGCAAACCACCCAGUACAUCAUCACGACCACCACCAACGGGAGUGGCGGGAGUGAAGUGCACAUCUCCAAACCCAGGACUUUCUCAGCAGAGCAUGAGUGAAAGAGCCUCAUGGUGCCAUUUGCUUGUCCUUGUCACCUCCCUGACAGCCCAGAUGUGGGGGUACCCUGGGGCUCUAUAUGUUUUAAUGUAUAUGCUCACUUACCUUCCACUAAAAUCUCAGAGCUCUUGUUAAUGCUUUAAGAGGGUUUAAUUCACAGUGACCAUGAAAUACCCUCAAAAUCCUUCUGGGAUGCUUUUUAUGCAGCUUUUAAGAAAAAGGACAAGAGAAGUGAAACCUCUGCUGGCCCCGGACUUUAUUUUUGGCAUGUCUGCUGACCCUUAUUUUUCCUUUUUGGAAGUGUGUCCAGCAAACAAUAUUAUUUCAGCUGUAUGGGCAAAAGCCUGCCUAAUUGAAGGCUUCCUGGCAGAUUGUCGUAUGUAUAUUUUUAACAGGAGCCAUUAAGCAGGAGAACAUCAUGUAAGUUGUUAGAAUAUGGCAGAACUGUUUCCUGUGGCUUCUAGCAGCCAAGGUGAAGGGAUGAUAUGAGCAGACUGCCUGCAGAAAGGAGCAGCAGCAGCCAAGUGGUGGUUCGUGGUGUCCCCUUGUGGGGAUGGAUUGAACAAUGAAGCUGUGAAGAUGUGCCGAAGCAGUCCAUUAAAUUAUUAUUUUUCCAGCCCUCCAGAACAGUUUACAUGCUGCCUGCCCUGCCCUGUUUCAGAAAGCAGGAAAAGCACAGUCUUAAACCCAUGUUGUUUGGAACAAACUGAUUGAAGUCCUAGGAGCACCUAAGUGUAGUACAGAGCCACUGUUGCUUCUUUUCCCUCCAGUGUUUGCAGGGAAAAUUGCUUUUUUGCCUGUAAACAAAAAAAACCAACAGCUCAACUAAACUGACAGAGCAACUUCUGCUGUGAUCUAAGAUAGUUGUGCAGGAGAAAAUGAGGAUACAGAGCACUCCUCUGAAGGGACAGGGUCAUUAUCUGUGUGGUCACCUCUAAGCAAACAUACUUUUCCUUUUCAAGACUGGAUGGAGAGUUGGUUUCUUUGAUUAUUUUUUUCCAAAUAACCUGUUAACAAUGUACUGUAAUUCCCUUGGACAGUUCCAGAAAACAACCAGCUCUGGACUCAGGAAACAUAAAAGAAAUGUGCUAGUGGACCACUAUUUAUGGGACAUGGAAAGCCCAUCCAUGAGGGUUGCCAGAUGUGAUGGAGCUGGUCUAUGUACAGAAUUCAUGUUGCAUUUAGGGACCAGGAGAAAGGGAAAGAGAAGGUUUAUAUUUUAAGGCCAUGUAAUGUUUUUCCUUACGUAGUUCUCCUUCACAGGUUGUCUUGGUUGUUUAAGGCAUUCUGGUGGUUGCAAAAACAUGACUAGAACUCCAUUGACUCCUGAUGGGAUAUACUGUGUAUGUCUGAAUUUCCAUUCAUUGCUGGAAAACUCAUCCCAGAACAUCUGUGCAUAUCAGGAUACAUUUAUUUAUAAAACAAACACAGAGAAGGGUGCUGUGUCAUAGAGGUCCUUGAGACAGAAGAACUUGAGAAGUUUUUUUGAUUUGUUUUCUCUUGUACUGCACCAAGUGUGAAUGUGGGGGACACUUCCAUAGCUAUUCCCAUGGAUUCGGGUAUGGAUUACCCAUGUCAGUAAGCACUACAUGUUGUGGUAUCAGGUUUUAUGGAGUUAAAGCUCUUUGACAUGAGGGAACUCCACACUUAAGCUGCAGAAGAGCAAAUCUGCUUCCUUGUGGUCAAAGCCUUGUAGCAGGUAUGGCUUUGGUAACUAACAUAUCUGUUAAUGUGGCAUGGAAAUAGUACUGAGAUAAAUCAGUUGGCCAAUGCUGGCCAGCUGGGAAGUGUUCUGAGGUAACGCUGAAGUGACUUGCCAAAAUGUGGAUUACUUUUGUUCCUGGGAUUUCUCUUCUCUUGCUGUACCACCAUACUGGGGCACUAAUGAGCUGGGUAGAAUUAACGUGGACCAGAGCUCUCAUUUGGUCAAGUGCAGUGAUGACUGACCUUAAAUUCUGUAGAUUUGGCAGCCCAGCCACUGUGGCAGUGUGGAGAAACAAUCACAAUGCCCAGUAACUUGAAUUCAUGUUGCUGAGGAUUUUGGAAUUGCAGUUUUGGGCCUUGCAAUGUUGUUUGCGUGGGAAGAGAGUAGGGAGAAUUUUGUCUUGGCUUUUUUCAGGCUGCUGCUAAUUUAAUAACAAGCCAGAAAUGCUACAAGUAGUAGGAAAAUAGCAGACUUGGAAAUGGGAGACUGGGAAUGCUGGAAUACUGGAGGAUUGCAGGAGCAAUUUUGAGAGUCUUAAAAGUUUGACAAUAGAUGAACAUCAAAUAUGUUCCCAUUAUUGAUACUGCAGAUGUGGGGUUUAAAAACUACUUUGCUCUAUUCACCUUUGUUGGAACGGUCCAUAAAUGAGGACAGUUGUACCAGUUAUUUAAAACUGAAAACUAUUUCAAACAGAAAACCAUUUUAAAACAACCUUUUUGAACUCAGAUCUUCCUCAUCAAAGUUUCUCUGCCCUGCAGCAGCACCCUCGGGCUAUUGGCCUGAUUCCAGGUGAAGUAAUUGCUAGUGUCACAAGUUGAAUGAAUUGCCUGUGAAAGAAGCAUGCCUGGAAAUGGAAGUACCACAGAUUUUCCUCCCAAAAUAAGGAACUACAGUGAUUGCACAGAUGGCAAAGGUUGCAGGGAUUUUUUUUCUCCAUUUCUGCAGCGCAGAAGAUAUAGGAUGUAUUAUUAUUGUUUGUAAACCAGAGCAACCCAAAGAUCUCUCUAAGUUGUAUCCCACAGAAGUGUAAAUCCAGAGUCCUCUUAGUUGCCUGGAAGGUCUGUGUUUUGUUUGGAGAUGCUGUCCCUUGGAGGCGUUCUGGGUCAGAUUCUGUAUUUUCCUGGAGGAAAAAGAAAACAACCCCAGCCUGCGCACCCUGAUCUUGCACGUCUUGGACUGCUCAGGCCCCAUCUAUUAUUUAACUGUGUAUGUUUAUUGUACAUUUGGUGACUGUUGUGUUCAGAGUCUUGUGCAACCUGGCAGGUGUAAAAAAAAAACAAAAAAACAAAAAAACAACAAACCAAACCAACCUGAAAAUAAUAAAUCUGUUUCUCUUUUU